AUGCUUAUACUUUAUGCUCAGUCUAUAAAGCAUGAGGCGGCGUCUAUCCUACUCAUUUUCGACCAUCGUGAUCCUGCAGCAAUGAGCAUCCAGGAUGGCGGUGAAACAGGUAUCGACAUCCACGAUGACUCAGAUCAAGCCCCUCAGCCUGUCGGCACCUAUGACCCGUACUAUAUCGGUACUUUAAGUCAGCCAUUUUGUCCAAUGGCUUCAAUCUCCAAACGAGUGUUCCACAACCUUCAUCAAGAGGUUUUUGGAGCAGCGCUCCUACGAUGCUUCAACAUGCAUCCCAGUGUCUUAUCUGGUGAAGCGAGUCGGCAUUUUCAUCUUGCUGUGCUGCGAAAUACUACCGACAUUAGCCUGCAACAGUCCUUAAGCUCUUUGAAAGAUGAGAUUGGCGCACGUGGGCCAACACGACUUCUUUCGAUGUGGAAAAAGUGCAGUCUUGGGUUCUUUCUCGAGGCAGAAAUAUUGGACCCGGUCACUUUUGUGUUCAAUCCCGCCAUUUCGGCUGCCAUCGCUAUGGCCAAUCAAGUUGGCACAGCAUUCGAAUGGCUGCAUGUUCGUGAUAUAGGAUUGGGCCAGAGAUUUUCGUAUCAGGCCCCCCUGCCCUAUUGCCUACUAGCUGAAUUUCUUUCCAGUCCGAAGUUUUUUGGGAACGCGCUGAGAAACGAAUUGCAAAGCACGCGCUCCAUAAGGAGCCUGGUUUGCCCAGCAGCGCUUUCUAACAUGCGGUUCAGCCUUGCUUGCGUGAUUAUUGUUCUACAUCGCGCAUUCAAAGGGCAGUGGAACUGGGCCUUGAUCCAGGCGUUUGAUCCUCUAUACGCCCAAGAGUUGGCUACUGACGCUGAGACCGCAGGUUUUCUUACCGACGUCCACAUCAUGGCUGGCGAUCUGGUUGCUGCUGGGGAAAUUGUUCGCGGGCAACUGAAGGAUGCGGUGAAUCUCGCUAUGCGCAAAACGGAUCCUGCCAUGUACCUUGCAUGUUCAUAG